AUGGGGAGAGCUCUCGCCUUAAAUACAACCAGAAACCAAAAUAGGACGUUUGUUUCUGUCUCGGAGUCUCUCGAAAACAUCUCCGGCGUUUACUCGCUAAACCGAUUUCGGAGCAAACAUUGGCCACAUUGUGGCGGAGGUAAGUUGCCGCCCCCAACUGUUUCUCCCCCUGUUCCGUUCCGUUUUCUGUGGAAUUUCUGGAACCACUCGGACACCAAGCUUAAUCAGCUCAGGCAACCGGAAGCAACGUCGACUCUUCCCACAGCACACGUCAGGUACAUUUACAUCUUCUUCAAGAUGUCUGGCGAAUCUCCCGAGGCUAAGGAGAAGCGCCUCGUGGGGACUGUCCAGAUUCGGCUUCUCGAGGCGUCAAACAACGAGACCAAGUUGAAUGAGUUGUUGGGCAAGUACCUGUGCGCGCUGCUACUUAAGGCCAAGAGUGACUAUCCUGCAGUGAUCACAUUUGCCGGCAAACUCAAAGGCCUGAUCAUACACCCGAGCAUCAUUCUUCCGGUGGAGAAGCUCAUCGACCAAUAUCAAGAGGUCGACUCACCUAUUCUUCGCGUCUUAGAUAUUUCCUUCAUCCAGCAUAGCAUUCUGCGUCUGGAUGAUUACGAAAGACGUCAUCUAUUCCCCAAAGUGGCAAAGGGCAUUUCAUCGCCCAACCAUGCCGCCACCCAAUCAUCCAUGUUCAAUGUUCUCUUGAAGAUCAUUCCCGAUAUCCAGGUACCAUCACGCGGCAGCGAAGAAGACGCGGUCUUGAGAGAAGCUAGCGGUCUUUCAAAAGAUGCAGACGCCCUCUUCGUCGCAAGAUGGCUGGGUAAGGUGUUACUCCUCAGGAUCCCAGGUGGCUCGAACCCAACUCGACAAGAUUUUGAGAGGAUGAACCCGGCCCUGCUUGCAGCGGACCUGGACUUCCUGAAGCCGGAGCAGCGCGAUACCGCAGCUGCAUUCCAGAAUAUGCAGGCCCUCCGGCGCAAGAUUGCUCAGCUCUUGGCUAGCGGUGCUUUCAAAGAUGAGGAAAGACUCUUGCCUGCGCUAUCUGCUGCAGCGAGCCCCGACUAUCAAGUCUCACAGGCCGGGGAAGACAUCUUGAAAAGAAUCACAAUCGACUUCGAGAAGGCGUCGGUUAUUGAGGAGUUGUAUAAUGCACACGCCCGACUUCCUGCGCCCCACAGAAUCAAGAUUCUCCCUCUGCUUUCGAAAUCGAAGCUUGCCACGACAAUGCAGGAUAAUAUCAUGAACGUCGUGACGCUCGACUUUGGUACAGAGACUUCAUCCAUUGCACCAGCUCAUUUACAAGCAGCAAGUGGCCUGGAGCGUACCAGACUUCACAAAGCUCUGUUUUAUUUCCUCAACUGGUGCGCCAACAUCGGACCUACUCAGGCCCCCUUCACCAUCGGUCCUAAGUUGAUCGACAAGAUGCGGACUUACGUGGAAGACCAGGGCUGGCCUGUUUCACGGACACUGACGGCAGACGAAGAGAAGCUUCGGUCUAUGGCCUACGACUUACUUGGUGUUCUUGGCGCGGGAAGUGCAUCCAGCACACAGGACAAACUGCAUCUCGUCGGUUGGCUCUUUAGAUCCAUGUCCGAGGACCCUACCGUGGAGGCGGUCUCUGCCAUUGAGGGCUCACUUUCGGGACUGACCAGAAGCUUCGACCCAAAGACAGUCAGCGGCGACGGUCGCGGCAGUGGUAUGAUUAGCCUCAUCUCUCUCCUCCUGCACUACAUGAAUCUCCCCGAGGAGAACCCUGCCGUGCGAAGUGCAAGAUUCUCAGCGGUCAAGUGGGCGAACCAGACCAUCGCAUCAUGGGAUGUGCGAGGCAGAUGGAUCGAUAUCCUGGCCAUAGCCGGCCGCAAGUCAGAGCGCACAGAGGUCGUCGAGGAAGGCAGAAAGGGCUUGGAUCCCUGGACGUACAGAGACGCCGAGGCGCACAAGAUGCCGGAUUGGAUCCAACUCAUGACGUACUUCUUCUGCGACAAGAUAUCUGACGAAAUCUCAAGUGACGAGUGGAGCAGCUCAGCGCCUCCCAAGCUUGACUUCGAUGAUGACCGUACGAUGCAGAACUUUCAAGGCGAAAAGAUGAUGGCUUACUCUGUUGCCGUCGAGUAUGUCAAGAGGGCCCUGUUCGUCGCCGCGCUUCCAGACUUUCCUUUGGUCCCUGAUUGGAGUUCCCAGCUCGACACUCUUGUUCGGAACGACGUCAAGACCCGGGAAACCAUCAGAGCCUACUUCCGUUCCGUUGAGCCGGAGUACAUUGGCCUGUUCAUCAAGAUCUGCUUCGAUGGUGUUCGUUACCUGAAGAACCUGGAUGGAACCGAUCGCGUCGUUGAGAGCUGCCUGAAGUCCAUGGUUGAUGUCGCAUCACUCGCCCCCGCUGGCACUAUCAACUACAUUGCCCCCUCAGCAUGGGUUCUGCAGAAGUGCAUCGCAUCAAACAACAGACACACCCGUGCUGCCGCCGCACAAGCCGUCGGAAUUCUCCUUCCUCACCCCCUUAAUAAGGUGGACCUGGCGAUUCCCGAGGCGGCUCCCCACCAGACGAGGAACGAGAACGUUCAGAAGUUCCUGAGAGAUCUCAAGGCUAUGAUUUGGGGAUGGGAAAAGCAUGUUGGAGCAGUCGCCAAUGGUGUCGAGGGAGCCCUGCAGGCAUUCGGCCACAUCUUUUCGAGGGCCGUGUACUAUGGUCUUCCUAUCCCGAUCGACGUUCAUCUUCCAGCAAGGAUGCUCAUGGACAAAUCGCGCCAUGGCCCAACGUUGGAGAAUGCUAUUCUCGAAUGUUACGGAGAACUUUGGACCGCGGGACUUUCCCAGUAUAUUCCGGACAAUGUUAACAACCUUACGGCGGAUUAUGUGAUUGAGAGACUCACGGAGAAUGCAAAUGCAGGAAGCGACAAGUCCAUCUUUGCACUCGGCCGCCUUGCCUUGGCGUUCAACGAGCCGAAUGAAGAGGCCACCCCCGAAGACGGCCUGCUGUACCCGUCUAGCAAGACUUCAGGCAUCGAUAGCGUCCUAAAGAGCCUUUUCGGACUUCACGCGAGAAAAGAGACCGAGAUCCAGUUCACUGUCGGCGAGGCCAUCACUGCCGCUAUCGCCUGCUGGGAGUCUGACUUUGUCAAGCUCUCCAUGAAUGUCGACUGCACCGACGGUCCCUGGAGAAAGGGCAAGCGCAGCCAGAGAAUCACCGCCGUGCUCGACAAGCUGUUCCGCGACUGCAAGACGACAAAACCCAGCUUGCUUAAGGCCUCUGGCAUCUGGCUCUUCUGCGUCGUUCAGUACUGCGGACAUCUCGACGAGGUCCAGUCACGUCUUCGAGAGGCCCAGGCCGCAUUCAUGAGAUUGCUCAGUGCGCGUGACGAGUUGGUGCAGGAGACGGCCUCCCGGGGUCUGUCACUGGUGUAUGAGAAGGGCGACGAAGGAUUGAAGCAGGAUCUUGUCAAGGACUUGGUCUCGGCCUUUACUGGGAACACCACGCAGAUCAAGGUUGAGGAUGAGACGGAGUUGUUCGAGCCCGGCGCUUUGCCUACGGGCGAGGGCAAGUCGGUCACGUCCUACAAGGAUAUUGUCAGUUUGGCGAACGAAGUCGGUGACCAGAGUCUCGUCUAUAAGUUCAUGUCUCUUGCGACGAACGCCGCGACCUGGUCUACGAGAUCUGCCUUUGGCCGCUUUGGUCUCAGCAAUAUCCUCUCCGAGUCAGAGGUCGACCCUAAGCUUUACCCUAAGCUGUUCCGUUACCGCUUCGACCCGAACUCCAACGUUCAACGAUCCAUGGACGACAUCUGGAAGGCGUUGGUCAAGAACCCGAAUGAAACGAUUGGCGAGCACUUCGACGCCAUCAUGCAGGACCUCCUGAAGAACGUCCUCGGCAAGGAGUGGCGCGUCCGACAGGCCAGCUGUGGUGCCAUCUCCGACCUGAUUUCCGGACAGCCCUUCCACAAGUAUGAAAAGUACUAUGCCGAGAUCUGGACUGCGGCACUGAAGGUGCUUGACGAUGUCAAGGGAUCUGUCAGAGAAUCUGCCCUCAAGCUGUGCAUGGGUCUGACCAACACUAUUGUCCGUCAACUCGAAGAGGGUGGGUCUUCGUCGUCAGCGCAGGCUAUGCUGAAGCAAGCUCUUCGUUUCCUCCUCUCGCCCAGCGGUCUCGAGAGCGGUGUCGACGAAGUCAAGAUGUUUUCGCUCAAGACGAUUAUUGACAUCACUAAGAAGGGCGGCCCUAAUCUGAAGCCCUUCAUUGUCGACUUCAUCCCUCCUCUUCUGGGUCUUCAUAGCACAAUCGAGCCAGAGCAGAUCAAUUACGCUUACCAGAAGGUUAGCGAGGACUCCCGUGACCAGCUUGAUAAGCUCAGAGCAAGAUGGGUCAACCAAUCGCCAAUCUCGGAAGCCAUCGACAACUGCCUUCGGCAGCUUGACGCCGAGGGGAUGAAGCAGCUUGCGCCGAAGCUCGAGGAGAUUAUCAAGACCGCCAUCGGCAUGCCGACCAAGAUUGCAUGUGCUAGACUGAUUGGCGAUCUCGUCAUGCGCCACGCCGUCGACUUCAAGCCGGUAUCACCAAAGUUCAUGCAGAUUAUGGAGAAGCAAGCACUCGACCGCAACGACGAAGUCAGCAAGGGCUACGCCAGAGCCGCGGGAUACCUGAUGCGCAUCGUUCCCGACGCAUCCAAGGAGCGCCUCGUCGAUAAGUUUACCGAAUUCUACUUUGCCAGCGAAGACGAGGCCCGCCGCGCCAAGGUAUCCGACGUUGUUCUCGGCGUGUCCAAGCUGGCCCCUGACCACUUCAACGCCCUGGCGGCCAAGUUCAUCCCGUUCACCUACAUGGGAAUGCACGACACGGACGAGUAUACCCGAAAGUGCUUCGACGAAGUCUGGAACCAGCACGGCGGCAGCUCUCGCACCGUCGCGCGCUACGUUCCCGAGAUUGUAGGCUUCAUCAAGAGAGGCCUCGAGGCGCCGCGAUGGAAUCUUCAGCAUACCGCCGCCUUCAGCAUCGCGAGCAUGAUCAAGGCUGUUGUUGCCUCCAGCGAUGCCACUGGCGGACAAAUGUCCGAGGCAAACCUGAAGCUCAUCUGGCCCGUUCUUGACAAGGCGCUCGCGCUCAAGACCUUCCCCGGAAAGGAGAAGGUUCUCGAGUCCUUCCCCCAGUUCGUCGGCAAGGGCAAAGCUCUCUGGCAGAACGACUCGACCAUCGCCGCACAGCAGCAAAAGAUUGCGAUCCGCGAGGCGAAAAGAAACAACGAGGACUACCGCCCGCUCGCCUUCAAGGCUCUCUGGCAAUUUGCAGAGCAGCGCGACGACUUGGACCUUCUCGAGACCAUCUCCACCAUUGUGAGCGGGCCUCUGGACGACUUCAUUGACGAGGACCGGAUGGAUGUCGACAGCUCCGGCGACGCGACUCGCAAGGCGGCCGUCAACGGCAUUGAGACUGUCGCGCGGGGCUACAACCGCAAGGAGAUCAAGGAGAACCCCAGCGCCGUGCUCAAGAAGAUCUUUGAGCUUCUCAAGACGUACCUCGACAACGCCAAGUUCGAGGGCAUCAAGCGAGAGGUGUGGUACGAGUCCGUCAGAGACCUGAUGGAGGCUGCGCCUGCCCCUGCCUCCAGCACCCCUGCCAGCAACGAGAAGGAGGUCGCUCUGGCCUAUCUCCGCAGCCUGGAUCCCGAGUCCGUCGACAACGGCACCGAGGCCCAGCGUACGAUGCGGGCCCUCGCUAUUGGCGGAGUAUUCAAGGCCAUUCAGCGCGGGGUGUUUGGGGAGGGAGCGGCGGCGGCGGAGGAGAGGAAGAGCUUUGUGGAGAUGGUGAAGAAGGCUUUGGGGGCUGAGAGGUCUCUUGAGGUGCAGAAGCACCUCAAGGAGAUCCUCGCGGAGUUGGAGAAGGAAGCUGAUGUUUUUGGCCGCGAGGCGGCAGGAUAUGGCUCGCGGGCCUUCCUCUCAACGUUUGAUUUCGCAGAAACAAUUCAUCGAUCUAAGGUUGGUUACGUAUAUAUUGAUGGCACCGGCUCGGAGUUGCAAGCUAGGGGAUACCUGUCCAGUCCCGGUGCUGCUGCCUCGAAGCCUGAAUAUCCGUUUCUUGAGAUGGCAAAACCGGAAGCAGAAGCUAUAUCUUCAUAUCUUGAUGUAGAUAGAAAUGGCAGUCCAAGGCAGGAUGAAUCUAGAGACGGGCCUGUGCAUAUAGUCAGAGCAAGAAAGAAGCAGGCUGCAAUACUCUGCGUGGGGUGCUCUUCAAGACAAACAUCUUUGUGUGUGGCUGAGUACAAGCCACAAGGUCAGCCACACGAGAUUGAGCACCUUGGUGGCCGUGGCGCAGUAAAUCACCUCAUCGCAUCAACAUUCCACCAUUUCUCCGAGACAGCCCAGAGCAGGAAGGAUGGCUCCGAGGCUCGACCGGCGCAGCACCUGCCCUGCGCUUCCACCCGUGCCUGCACUCAUUUGCCUUUACACGCGCCGGGACAAGCCCGCAACACCAUCCCGUCCUCAGAUCAGUGGCGGCGCAAACCAACCAAACCAGCCUUGCCUUUCCUCUCCCAACAAGAAGCUGAACCUGAAGCUAUCGACUUUCUUUCAAGUUGCUCGUUCGGAAACCGCCGUGGACUUCUUCACUUGACGGGGCCAGACAAUUUAGACCCAAAGACCAACGCGCCCGACGGUGACCUGCAGCUACCCCUCCGCCCCGUGCCAGACUCCAGCACCUUCGGUUCAAGGUGGGGCAGAGAAAAAAAACAGAAUAUCUUUCGACUCAUUGCUGGCCGGUACCAACUGCUGAAGGACAUCUCACGAAGCCACGCACGAAGCCAAACUCUUUUCAGCGACCUUAACAGUCAAGCGCACACCUUCGCCAUGGACGAGGAUAUCUCCAACUUCGUCGCCAUCACGGCAGCUAGCCCGGAGGCCGCUCGCGGCUUCCUGGAGAUGACCAACAACAAUCUGGAGCAGGCUAUUCAGCUUUUCUUCGAGAACCCCGACAUUCAGAGUAGUUUCAACCAGCCGUCCGCCACCUCCUCGACAGCGCCGCCAGUGCCCUCGAGCACCCGACCGAAUGUUGGACGGCAGGACGAGCGCGGGGUCAUUCACAUAGAUAGUGAUGACGAUGGCGAUACGGCCAUGACGGUGGACGAUAUGGACGAUAACUUUGGACACGACGACUCCGAGAUUGCGGCAAACGAACAGGUGGCGGCCAUUGCCCGAAGCGCCCAAGAGGAAGAGGAUGCCGCCAUGGCCAAGAGAUUACAAGAGGAACUUUACGGCGGUGGUCCUGGAGGUGGUGGUGGCGGCGCUGGAAUUGGCGGCGGUCAGGAUGAUGUCAGAUCACCCAUCGCCAGAACCACCGAGACGCUGGUUGGAGGCUACGACGGUGACGAUGGUAUGGACAUGGACACCAUCAUCCGGGCACAAAUGAGACAGAGAGAAGCCGCCAGGGCAGCUCGAGCUGGUGGUGGAAACCCCUUUGCUCAUAACCUGUCCAUCUGGGAUGAUGACAGCCCAGCUGCCGCCCAGCCCGCCCAACCCGCUGCAACGGAAGGCGGCACGCGAGCCCAGAGACUGGCAGAGCUGUUCCGGCCGCCCUACGACAUUAUGUCCAGACUGGAAUGGGACGAGGCGAGACAGGAGGGCAAGGACGAGAAGAAGUGGAUUCUGGUUAACCUCCAGGAUAUGAGCGACUUCAACUGCCAAGCCUUGAAUCGGGAUAUUUGGAAAGAUGCGGCUAUCAGGAGGCUAUUGGAUGAUGCCUUCAUCUUCCUGCAGUAUGACAAGGACGCCAUGGCGGCACAGCAGUACAUCAACUUUUACUUCCACGGCACCGGCCACGAGAACCCAGACAACUACCCGCAUGUCGCUAUCAUCGAUCCGAGAACAGGAGAGCAGGUCAAGGUUUGGAGUGGAAGACCGUUCCCCAGCGCAUCUGACUUCCACGCGCAGCUGGCCGAAUUCCUGGACCGCUAUAGCUUGGCGGCGAACAGCAAGAACCCCGUAGUGGAUCAAGCAGCGCCCCGCCCCAAGACCGUCGAUGUCGACCGAAUGACGGAGGAUGAGAUGCUGGAGAUGGCAUUGCAAAACAGCCUUGCAGCGUCCAACGGCGGUAGCAGCAGCAGCUCCAAGCCUAAGACGAGCGUGUUCGAUCCUGAUGCGCUGACCAAGUCGGACUCAUCCAGUGGCCGAGGCCAGGGCAUUUCUCCAGUCGAGGAGGCGGCAGGCGGCAUUACUCCCCCUGCUGAGCCGGCAGCGGCGCAGAGCGCCUGGGCCCGGAUUGCGGGUGACAAGCCGCACACGGAGCCAGAGAACAACCCGGCAACGACGACAAGGAUACAAUUCCGACACCCUACUGGACGUGUUAUCCGUCGAUUCAACCUGGAGGACCCGGUCAGACGCAUCUAUGAGUGGCUCAAGGCGGAGCCCCUCGAGGGCAAGGAAGGGAUUGAGGUUGAAUUGAAGCGUAUGCCGCAGGGCCAGGACUUGAGUGACGGGUUGGACACGACUAUCAUGGAGGCUGGGCUCAAGAACGGCACCGUCAUGAUUGAGUUCAUUGAGGACUAG